AUGAAGCGCCCCAAUCCCGCCCCGAAACAAGCGUCGCAUAAGGGUCACAAGCCCAAACGUCAAAAACUCGACGACUUCCCGAAACCUCUUCCUCCGUCUACGAGACCCAAGCGCCGAGUCCAACUCAACGAGCUGGGAUGGAAGACCGUGGAGAUGCCCGAUCGGUUGGAGGAUACAGAGGGUUUCUACGGACUAGAAGAGAUUGAAGAUGUUGAGAUUGUCAAAGAUCCGGUUACUGGCAAUCUUACGUUCGAGACUACAAAGACGGAGGAUGAGGUGGCACAGGAUGUCGAGGAAGCGUGGCAACGGGAGGAGGACGAGCAAAAACGCUUGGAGCAGAUUACUUUUGACGAGGAGAAGGUGGUUGGACAGGACGAGAGCGUAGGAAAGAAACUGCAGGAAGCAGAUGAGGAGGUCGCGUGGGAGGGCUUUAGCGACGAGGACGAUGCGCCGGCGGGAAUUUUGAAGCAAACUGCGGGUGCAGAUGCUAAGGAUACAGCUGACGCAAGUGCUACCAACGGCGAGCCGGAGGUAAAGAAAAUGACAAAGACUGAGAAGAAGAAGAGGGCGAAGGAAGCGAAGCUUAAGAGGGAGGCAGAGGAAAAGGCCAAGGCAGAGCUGCCGACGCCAGAUGAGGUCGAAGAGGAGGACGAUGCCGAGGACGACGAACCCUCCGAUAUCGAGGACCGCGAAGACGGCGAGACGUUCGGACCUGGCGCUUGGGAUAUAUUGGCGAACCACGCCGAUGACGACGACGAGACAGAUGUGCGCGCAUGGGCUAAGCUCGACCUCUCCGAAGAGAUGCUGGGUGCGUUGGCGAAGCUCAAGUUCUCGAAACCUACCAGUAUCCAAGCGUCUACUAUACCCGAGAUCAUGUCUGGCCGGGAUGUUAUCGGCAAGGCUUCGACAGGUUCAGGAAAGACACUCGCUUUUGGUAUCCCGAUUGUCGAGACGUACCUUGCUGCUCGCUCGACGCCCAAAGAACCCGAAGACAAGGCGCCCAUCGCGCUGAUCAUUGCGCCAACGCGUGAACUUGCGCAUCAAAUCAAUGAUCAUUUGAUCGCCCUUUGCGCAAAGGGCGACUUCGAUUCCCCGUACAUCGCAUCUAUCACAGGUGGUCUGUCCGUACAAAAGCAGCGCAGGCAACUGGAAAAGGCUGACAUUGUUGUCGGAACACCAGGACGACUGUGGGAAGUUAUGAGCAGCGGUUCAGGAGUGCUACCCAAGUUCAAGCAAAUCAAGUUCCUGGUUGUAGACGAGGCUGAUCGGCUGUUGAGCCAAGGACACUUCAAGGAAAUGGGAGAGAUUCUCAAAGUCUUAGAGCCCGAUGAUGAGCCUAACGAGAAAGACGACAUUGAGGAAGCACCUGAAUCUCAGCGCCAAACUCUUGUGUUCUCUGCCACUUUCGGAAAGGAACUGCAGCACAAGCUUGCUGGGAAGCAGAAGUAUGGAGGUGGCGAUCUCAUGAACCAGCAACAGUCGAUGGAGUAUCUACUCAAGAAACUUAAGUUCCGCGAGGAGAAGCCAAUGUUCAUCGAUGCCAACCCUACUUCGCAGAUGGCCAGUAGACUGCAGGAAGGUCUCAUUGAAUGCGCCGGACCCGAGAAGGAUCUCUAUCUCUACUCGCUACUCAUGUUCUACACCAAGAAGCGCGCUCUAGUCUUCACCAACUCCAUCUCGGCAGUACGCCGCAUAACGCCAUUCCUGACGAAUCUGGCUCUCCCCGCUCUACCCCUACACUCCAACAUGCCCCAGAAAGCCCGCUUACGCUCCAUCGAACGAUUCAAAGAACGACCAGGAUCAAUCCUAGUAGCCACAGACGUCGCCGCCAGAGGUCUCGACAUACCCAAGAUAGACCUCGUCAUCCACUACCAUCUCCCCCGCGCCGCCGACACCUACGUCCACCGCUCCGGUCGUACCGCUCGAGCCGACGCAUCCGGAGCCAGCAUCCUCAUCUGCGCCCCCGAAGAAGUCGGCGGCGUCCGCCGCCUCGUCGCCAAAGUGCACGCCCGCGCCAGCGACGCCCCCAAAUCAAAGAAAACCGCCUUCUUCAUCCGCACUCUAGACAUCGACCGCCGCAUCGUCUCCCGCCUAAAGCCCCGCGCCACCAUCUCCAAACGCCUCGCCGACACCGUCAUCGCGAAGGAAAAGAAACACAGCGAAGAUGACGUACUACGCCGCGCAGCCGAAGACCUAGGCGUAGACUACGACAGCGAGGAGUUUGAGAAGGAAGCGCCUGGUAAGCGGGGUCGGGGUAGUGGACGUAAGAAGAAGGAGAAGGAGGCGAGUGAGAUGACGAAGGGGGAGAUGCAGGCUCUUAGAGCGGAAUUGAAGCAUUUGCUUAGUCAGAGGAUUAAUACGGGGGUUAGUGCGAGGUAUCUUACUAGUGGCGGUAUUGAUGUUGAUGCGCUUAUGGCUGGGGAGGGGAAUAUGGAGUUUUUGGGUAAUUUGGAUGGGCUGGGGUUUGAUGAGGUUGUUGAAUAG